AUGGUUCUCCACAUAUACGCGGCCGGGAGCCAAAAUAUACCUCUAGACGAGAACAUCCAACCGUUCCAACCAAGAGACUGGGUACUGGCAAAGACUUAUCAGAAGGUACCCCUACAGCCCACCUGGGAAGGACCCUACCAGGUACUUCUAACUACCCCAACCUCUGUUAAGGUAGCAGAGAAGUCGGCCUGGCUACAUCAUACCCGCUGCAAACCAGCUUCUCCACCCAACGCCACCACUGACAAUGCACCAUACUCCACUCCACCACAACCGGCAGACGACGACACCGACUCCGAGGAGAACCAGCAGGCCGGACCAGAUCGGGGCACGAAUCGGGCCCAACAGACCGGACCAGAUCGGGGCAUGAAUCGAGCCCAACAGACCGGACCAGAUCGGGGCACGAAUCGAGCCCAACAGACCGGACCAGAUCGGGGCACGAAGUGGGCCCUACAGACCAGACCUGCCUCAACACCAGCACCGACCCAAUGGACCUCUGAAAUCCUCCCUACAACGGACAACCAGGAGCAACCCCUGAUCCUCCUCCGACUCCGUAAGGCACCGCUUCACGCCGUUUGACAGCUCGCCUUUUGACAGCUCGCCUCUUUGACAGCUCGCCUUUUGACAGCUCGCCUUUUGACAACUUGCCUCUUUGACAGCUCGCCUUUUGACAGCUCGCCUUUUGACAGCUCGCCUUCUGGCAGCUCGCCCUUUGACAUCUUCGCCUCUUGGCAGCUUCCCCGUUUGACAGUUUGCCUUUCACAGCCUGCCGCCUACCGCCACCCUGUUCCCGACCACCAUGCCCUCCACUGGACGUACCCCACCUCCUUCCUCCUCCAUCCUACUCAUGCUCUCCAUUUUUGCCACUACCAUGACCUGCUCAAAGACCAUCAUGACCACGCAUGUUUCAUGCCCAGGAUUACAAAUCGAGUACCAAUAUCUUGAUUUCGGGAUUGUGGACAUUGUAAAAAGAGGAACAUUGGAUCGCUUAGGGAUUUCGACUUCUGCGUACCAGAAACCCGCGUUCUCCUUCGCCACUCCAUACGACCUACCCUCACCACACACCAAACCUGGGAACUGUUCAUCCGUUCGCCAACUUACACACCACUCGGCAAACUCAUACUGAGCCGAGAUGGCCCCUGGAACCGAGCCCGCUGCAUAAAUGGCUCCUACACACUAUUCACUGACAGUGUGCCCCAACAAUCGCUGAAUUGGACACUAUUGGACAAUGGCGGCGGGGAAUCAGUCUACACAGACCGAAACCACCCGACCGACCGUCUGAUCCAUGGAUUUUACUGCCAGAGAGUGGACUCCGUACCUCGCCCCACCACCCUCCAGGGAGUUUGCCUCCGAAGGUACUGCUGCGUCUGGGACAUCGGCCUUGCCUCCACCUGGGAUGGCAGAGCGUACCUUGAGGGCUGGCAUCACUCCACCACCCCACCCGCGGAGUGGGAUACUACUGGGCCCCAAAGAUGUGGAGGUGUGGCUACUAACCUCACCUACCUACUGUUAGGAUAUUUCCGUUCCACCUUAAAAGGGAGCAGGCUUUGUGAGACAGAGUCUGCGUAUUUCCUGUUCACAGGAUGUUUAUGUUUUCUGUUGCUUUCGUUUUUCUCUCUGUGUCGUAGACACUAAAGCAGGCAGUCAUGUUUUUCUGUGUUCUGAUCAACGCUGAAUAAACUUGUAAAUAAUGCUCUCCUGAGUGCAACUUUUGGCUGUGCAUUAUCUGCUGAUAGAGUGUGCAUGAGCUCUGGAAUGUGGCGAGAUAUUUUCUAGAAACUCAUGUCGCUAAUUGUUGAUACUGCGUGCCUACGGGAGGUCGAUGGAUCGUCCGGCAGACGGCUUGGGGCCAUGAUGGACUUUGUCUCCCUGGCAGUAUCCCAACAACAGGUUAUGGGCCCAGAUUCACGGCACUUACAGGAGAGUAAGACUGCGACAGACUGCGUUGAGGUAUGUGGGAAAAGCGAAAGUGAAGCUUUUCUGUUUGCCGUGGCAAGGGCUUCAGAUGUCUGGCUGGCCCUAAUUGGUCUGGGAGCCGAGCCAAAGAGGCCUCAAGAUUAAUGGGAGCCAAGAUAAGAAGUCUCUGAAGUGAAUAAGACUCACGGCUCAAAUAAAAGGCUGGAAUGGAGUUCAUCCAAGCUUCUGAAGCUGCUGAGUGCCCAAAGUUAAAUCGGCACAAUUAUGGGACCUGGGCUGUGUGGUGUGAGAGCUUGCUUCGACAGUUUGGAGUGUGGCAUACUGUGUCUGAAGCCCCUCCAGUUCCUCUGACAGAUACAUGGAAAGCCCAGAAUUUGAGGGCCAUUGACUUAAUAGUAUCGUCCGUCUCUCUGGAGGAAAUUAAAACGCUUGCUGGCAACACCACUGCACGUAAGAUGUGGAAUGCUUUGAAAGUAGCCCAUCUGCCAGUCAUCCCAGCCCAGAGUUUGACUGCAUCGGAGGUCCUGGCUGUUUCCCAGAAUGCGAGUGAAUGCAGGGAUGCCGAGGGCACCGGUUGCAAGCUGCAGGGGGAGCUGACUGUCACGUCAUCCCAGGCAGCAUUCCAGCCUCCAGGGGAGCCAAGGAGUCGGCAGCUGAGAACUCUGUUUCUCGUGAGAACCAAGGUCAUCGCCUUUGCAGAGGCCGGAAGGCCAGAAGUAAACAGAGGCAGAUGCCUGCAGAUGGCCCGAAGCAGAGGGAGGGUGAAGAGCCCACGCCAGUGGAAAACAAGGCUUUGUUUGCUGGCACAGCUUCACCAAAGGCUAAAGGCAAGUCUGAUGGCCAGGAGCAGGGGGGUAAGCUGCAAAAGCCCACGGCGGUGGAAAACAAGGUUUUGCUUGCUGCAAAGGCUGCUCCAAAGGCCAAAGCCAGGUUUGUUGUUGAUUCAGGGAGUACCCGCCAUGUCUCAAAAGACCGCCAUCUCUUUAUCUCCUUCAAACCUCAAGAAGGUGAGAUCCACCUGGCUGACGGAAAGACGUUGCGAAUCGCAGGAGAAGGGACUGUGAAACUGGCAAAUCUGCACACUACCAUCAAAGAUGUACUAUAUGUUCCAGGUGCUGCAGACAAUUUGCUCAGUGUCCCACAGCUCACUGGGCGUGGUUUUGAGAUUUCCUUCAAGAGGAGCGUCUGUGUCAUCAGAAAAGGUAAAGAGGACAUUUUGCAUGCAAAGUUUAUGGAUGGCUUGUUCUGUAUAACUUAUGAUGACAUUGGUGCUGUUGUGUCUAAUGCUGAUUCUUGUUGUGUUGCACAAACUAACAAAGUUCUUCAUGCAGGAUGCAUUCACGAUGCACACUGAAGGUUUUGUCACCUCUCUUGGAAGGCACUGGCCAAGAUGCCAGAGAUGGUUGAGGGUUUGAACAUCAAACCCUGUAAGUUUCACAUGAAAUGUGUAUCUUGUGCAGAGAACAAGGUGAAGGUUGCUCCAAAAGGCAAGGAGUCUAGCAGGCAGGCUUCCAAACCCUACCAGCUAGUGCACGCAGACCUGGUUGGUCCACUUGCGCCCUCUUUGGGUGGAGCAAGGUACUUCAUGGUUCUAAUUGACUCUUUUUCCAGGUACAUUCAUGUGUUUAUGCUCGAGCAGAAAUCGCAAGCGUUUCCUAAGUUCAAGGCAUUCUGUGCUUGGUUGGAGAAUGUUCACGGUAAACGUAUUGGCUGUCUCUUUACUGAUCGAGGCGGGGAGUUCACUUCUCAGCAGUUUGAAGCUUUCCUGACUGAGAAGGGAAUUCAGCAUGACUUGUCAACGCCUAGAUCACCAUGGAUGAAUGGGCUUGCGGAGCGAGCAAAUCAAACGUUGCUGCAAGGAGUGGAAACCUUGUUGCAUGAUGCCAAUCUCCCUGAGAAGUUUUGGGGGGAGGCUCUGUCGAAUUUUGUUUACACUUAUAAUCGCAGAUUGUCAUCACCUAUUGGUUGUAACCCCUAUGAGAAGAUGUUUGGUAAGAAACCCAACAUCAAGCACAUGAGAAUCUUUGGUUCUGACAUGUGGGUACACACCCCACAGAGCAACAAGCUUGGGAAGCGUGGGGCACAUGGUUUGUUCAUGGGGUACGAAAAAGGUGCAUACAGGGUGUGGAUGACUGACUCUAAAUCCAUUAAGUUCACAAAGAGUGUUGAGUACAAUCCUAAGUGGGGGGGAAAUGUGGGAAUUUUCCAGAGUUACCCAGAGGAGGAUGAAGGUGAUGUGAAGAAAGCAGAUAAUGUUGAGGAAGCUGCUGAGGAUGAUGAUGAUGAUCAGAGUUCGGAUUCCAGUUCAGUGGGCGGCGCUGCUGCUGAUGUCAGUGACAGUGAUGACACAGCAGACUACAAGAGCGCGAAGGCCUCAGUCAGACCAUCUGAUGCGUCUGACAAUGAACUGGAAGAACCACUGUUCACCAUUGGUCACUUUUCUCCUAAGAAGGAGGAGAUGAGUCCAGAAGACUUGCGUCUAGUACGCAGAUCUGAAAGAGCCACAAAGGGCAGACCUCCAAAGAGAUUUGCUGAUGAGUUUGCUAAGACAGCAACUGCUGUUCUUAGUAGCUCAGAGAAGGUAUGGGAACCUUCAAGCUUCAAAGAGGUUCAGGAAUUAACCUCUAAAGAUGCUGAGCCUUGGCUUGAUGCCAUGAAGGCUGAAGUUGAUUCCUUGAACAGGAACCAAACUUGGAAACUGGUACCGGUUGUCCCAGGAAUGAGACUGGUUGGCAGCAAAUGGGUCUUCAAGGCCAAGACAGACCAGAAUGGCAAGGUUGUCAGACACAAAGCCAGAUUGGUUGCCAGAGGUUUUUCACAGGUACCAGGACAGGAUUACCACGAGACCUACUCACCCACAGUCAAAUAUGAGAGCAUUCGGCUGAUGCUCAAGAUAGCUGCAGAGGAGAAACUGCAUGUUUCCCAUCAUGACAUUAAUACAGCUUUUUGUACGGGAUUUUGGGGGAGGAGCUGUUUAUGCUUCCACCUGACGGGAUGCAGAUACAGAAGGGAAUGGUCUGUAAACUGCGGAAAUCCUUAUAUGGUCUCAAGCAGAGUGCCAGGUGUUGGAACACAAAACUCACUGAGACAUUGCUUUCUCUAGGUUUUCACCAGGGCAAAGCUGAUCCAUGUGUGUUUGUCAAGGAGGAGGGGCAAAACAAACUGUAUUGUUUAUGUUUUGUUGAUGAUCUUCUGAUGUUUUGGAAGAAUCAGGCUUUGUACCAAAGCACCCUAGCUCAGCUGAAGGAGCACUUUGACAUGAAGGAUCUUGGUGAGGUAUCCAACUAUCUUUCUCUGCAGGUGGAAAGGGACCAAGCAGGUAAUUUUCUGGUACACCAAACACAGAAAAUUGCUGAUGUAUUAACCAGGUUGAAUUUGGUUGAUGCAAACCCAGCAGACACACCGAUGGUGACAGGUUACCAGGUAGACAGUACUGCUGAAGCGUUUUCUGACACCACACUGUACAGAUGCAUUCUAGGCAAGUUGAAUUUCAUUGCUAGAUGCUCAAGACCUGACAUUGCUGUAAGCACUAACCUGCUUAGCAGACAUGCUAACAAUCCUACUGUUCAGGAUUGGAAAGCUCUGAAGCGCAUAGCCCGCUAUUUGAAAGGGACUUUGCACUACAGGCUGAGGUUCACCAGUCAGAAGACUGGAGGUCUUGAAAUCUUUGCAGAUGCAAGUUUUGGAAGUGGCACCACGGAUGGUACAAGCACUUCUGGAGUAUGCUACAUGUACAACCACUGCCUGUUUGACUGGUUGUGCAAAAAGCAGACGACAGUGAGCCUAAGUUCCUGUGAAGCAGAACUCAAUGCUCUGUCAUUUUCACUCAUGGAUUGUGAAUGGUUGAUGCAACUGUUUAAGGACAUCAGAGUUUCUGUGAAAUGUCCUGUACAAGUGUAUCAAGACAAUAGAUCGUGUUUGGCUUUGCUGAACUCAGAGAGUUGCAAGCAAAGAACCAAGUACUUGCAAAUUAAGCUACAUCGUGCAAGAGAGUGUAUUGAGAAAGGACUCAUUCAGGUGUCCUACAUGCCAGGAAAUGAAAUUUCUGCUGAUCUGUUGUCUAAGGUUGUUAACAGAGAACAACUUAAGGUUUACGUACAAAGGUUGCAAUUGGGUUGAACCACAGGUACUACAGGUUACACGGAAAGGGGGAGGAUGUUAGGAUAUUUCCGUUCCACCUUAAAAGGGAGCAGGCUUUGUGAGACAGAGUCUGCAUAUUUCCUGUUCACAGGAUGUUUAUGUUUUCUGUUGCUUUCGUUUUUCUCUCUGUGUCGUAGACACUAAAGCAGGCAGUCAUGUUUUUCUGUGUUCUGAUCAACGCUGAAUAAACUUGUAAAUAAUGCUCUCCUGAGUGCAACUUUUGGCUGUGCAUUAUCUGCUGAUAGAGUGUGCAUGAGCUCUGGAAUGUGGCGAGAUAUUUUCUAGAAACUCAUGUCGCUAAUUGUUGAUACUGCGUGCCUAUGGGAGGUCGAUGGAUCGUCCGGCAGACGGCUUGGGGCCAUGAUGGACUUUGUCUCCCUGGCAGUAUCCCAACACCUACAUCGACAGGACCCCCUCCACAAAGGGGGGAACUGUCGAUAUCCGAACCCCCUACCAAUGACGACCUGUUAUCCACCUGGCAAUCCAACACCUACGUGAAGCUGGUCUCCGAAAUUGCAAAGCAAGCUACCACUGACAACUGUUGGAUCUGCGCCAAUGCCCCGGCUCACCUCCGCAGUGGCAUUCCUUUUCUUGGAGUACCCCUCACCUUACAACAACACCUCUCUGCUGAUGUACAGUCCUGGAACCUGACUGCUGUGAACUUAACUCACCAGUACAUCUACCUAACCGGACCUACGAAAAGUGACCUCUGUCGGAAGUUCAGCGGCAAUGACAGGAUGAUUGGAGAAAGCACCUGUAAGUACAUCAUUGACAUCACCCUGACCGGUAAAAUCACUUUGUGGCGACAGGGCACCCCCUCUACCCAUCCAGAUCUGUUGUCUGCUUGGAAGCAAGUGAUGAAUUUGCCUAAUUCUUGGGACCCCCUCCCCCAUUUCCCAGUGCUUUUUCCGUACCUUCCUCACGGGCCGCAUAGACUCCUGUCUACAGGGAUUGUUUUGGGUGUGCGGCCAUCGUGGGCCCACUCCCAAGGCACCUGCUACCUUGGACUAAUCUUGCCUGGGAUCAGGGUCACCCCAGACCUUCCCCCUGGAAGGAGACGCAACAAGAGGGCAAAGGACUUGUCAGAACUUUCCGGGGAAACCUAUGGGUGAGCCCUCUUCCCUGCCUACGGAGCAGGAUCCAACCAUGUAGACAUUCUUAAACUGACGGACAUUCUAUUAACUUUUAUGGAAGAAUCUAACGCGGCAACCCAAUCUAUCCUAACAGAGCUGACAGAGGUCAGACAGAUGGCGAUUCAGAAUCGUCUUGCUUUGGACUAUAUUCUGGCUUCGACUGGAGGCGUAUGUACCCUCGUAGGAACCGAGUGCUUUACGUACGUCUCUGAUCAGACCUUGAACAUUACAGGUCAUCUCAACAAUAUCCACAAACUGACCGACGAAUUUAGAGAUAUCCAACAUGAAGGUCUAUCCGAUGCUCAAUUUUGGAGCUGGCUACCGGGAUCCGGAUGGAUAAAACAACUCUUGGGGAACGGACUCCUGAUUCUGAUCACUGUAGCUAUUUGCAUUGUUUUCUUCUGCUGCGCUAUCCAUUACUUCCCGCUUUGCUGUCAAACGUGCGACUCCUGCGUUCCGCUUCUCCGAUCCCGCACGCCUGCCUCUCACAGGAUGUUCCCACCAGGAACCCCUUCGACUUCCAUCGAGAUGGGACCCCUAGGAGCUCGGCGAAAUCCGGAUUCUGGGUAUGGCAUGUCAGACUUUUACGAGCUUGUGCGGAGAAAAGGAUUGCGCGGUGUCCACCUUCGCAAUCUUAUCUCCGAAGGGGGGAACUGUAGCAGGAGACCCUCCCUUUGUUACACUGUAAUGCACAAGCACCACACAUACACACCCCACCUUCCCCGAGCCUAGGGAUGUCCCUUCUAGAGGGGCAUCCCCUAAAAGCCUUCUGUAAAUAAGGAAGCGCUAGCUUGACAGCUCCACGCUGAACCCCUUUAUUUUCAUAUAUUUUCCCUGAGUAGACCGUACAACUCUACCUCGCCCUAUCCUUAUAAUGGGUCGACCAACUGUCUGAAUUCAGGGUCAAUCGGCUGCCGCUUCAGCCAAUCAGCGUUACCGAACAGCACCCCUUGUGGCGGCCACGCAGGUAUUGCAGGCAGCAGGCGCGCGCUUCUCUAUACUUUGACAGCUCUCAAAUACAAAGUUUCCGAGUUCAAUUGACCGUGACUGAUUUAAUCAAAAUGUUGCAACCCGCUUCCGGGAAAGUGAAAGUGGUUUUGAACUUCUGGGGCAGUUUCUUCAUAAAUUCACUAUAAAUCAGCCGUACAUCGGAUUUUCACCGGAUCACUUUUAUUUUGCUCCAUGUUACAAGGACUAUCAAAGGGGGGUGGAUCAAUGUCAGUCAGCCAUAAUCCUUUGACCGAGGAGGCACGUACUCAACAGCCCUUCCCAGUUGGCAUGGCAACCUUGAUAGUCAUCUUGAUGGGCUCAGACAGAGGACUAUCAGGGACACGAAGGACUGCAUAUGCGAGUGGAUUCAACUCGGACUAUGACAAAGGGACAGUGAUCGGAUUCACCUCAGGGGGUAGGAAACUGCGCCCAUCUUUUUGUCUUCUGGAAAUGACUCAUGGGGAGGGGGAGAAGGGGCUCCGGCCAGGUGUCAUGAUACCCAGAUUACCUGUGCAACCCCUCCCCUGACUCCUCUUGUUUUUAAUGUAGUCAUGAUGUAGUUAUGAUGUAUUUCUAGGGGUGUAAUUUAGGGGAUUAGGAGCUAAUAAAAGUUGGGGUCUUCUUUUGUUCUGGGCUUCCAUCUUGCUUCACCUCGUGGGCGGUGGGAGUCCUGUUGGGACAGUCUUUCUUCAAUAAAGACCGAGGCUACAGGCUGCUGAUUUGCUCCAAAUUGCUCUGGUUGGUGUCUUGAUUUCUGCCCAAGGGAGCCCUCAGAUUCUCCGGUAACACCGGUUUGUGAAUGUUCUUUGGAGCCCAAAUGUCCGACGGGGCAGAAAGGAACAAGACAGGGUUGCCCAAUCUCCCCAUUGCUUUUUAUAUCGGUCCUGGAGGUUUUGCUCAAUAUGAUUAGGAAAGACCAAUUGGUUAAAGGUAUACAACUCGGAGCUAAACAGUACAAAUUGAAAGCUUUUGCUGAUGAUUUAGUUUUGACACUACAGGAGCCAGAAUCCAGUACAAAAAGAGUAUUGCAAUUAAUUCAAGAAUUUGGUCAAGUAGCAGGUUUUAAAUUGAACAAGAUGAAAACUAAGGUAUUAGAGAAAAAUCUUACAGAGAUUGAGAAAGAGAGGUUUCAGAAGGAGACAGGAUUAACAUUAGUUAAUAAAGUGAAAUAUUUAGGGGUGCAUAUGACUGCUAAAAAUGUGAAUUUGUUUAAGAUAACUAUGAAAAAUGUUGGGUAGAAGUAAAGAAAGAUUUGGAAAUAUGGUCAAAAUUGAAGUUAUCAUUGUUGGGCCGAAUUGCUGCGAUAAAGAUGAAUGUAUUGCCUAGAAUGUUGUUUUUGUUUCAAACAUUGCAAAUUGUGGACAAAAUGGACUGCUUCAAGAGGUGGCAAAGAGAUAUUUCUAAAUUUAUCUGGCAGGGCAAAAAGCCUAGAAUAAAAUUUAAAAUAUUAACAGAUGCAAAGGAAAGAGGUGGAUUUGCCCUGCCAGAUCUUAAACUUUAUUAUGAAUCAGCCGCAUUUUGCUGACUGAAAGAUUGGCUACUUCUUGAAAAUACGGACAUUUUGGACUUAGAAGGUUUUGAUAAUGUGUUUGGAUGGCAUGCAUAUUUAUGGUAUGACAAGGUUAAAGCGCAUAAGGCCUUUAAGAACCACAUUGUCAGGAAAGCAUUGUUUAAUGUUUGGAUGAGAUAUAAGGAUUUGUUGGAAAGUAAAACACCAAGGUGGCUGUCACCAAUGGAGGCUAAGGCUUUGAAAAAAACUAAUAUGGAGACAAACUGGCCAAAAUACUGUGAAAUUCUAGAACAAGUUGGAGAUAAACUAAAGCUGCAGAGUUUUGAUAAACUAAAAACUAAAGUUCAAGACUGGCUUCAUUAUUAUCAAAUAAGGGAGGCUUUUAACCUAGAUAAAAAGAUUGGUUUCCAGGAGGAAAAAUCCAAACUGGAAACUGAAUUGUUAGAGCCUAAAAUUAAGAAUCUGUCAAGAAUGUAUAACUUGUUGUUGAAAUGGAAUACACAGGAUGAAACGGUUAAAUCUGCUAUGAUUAAAUGGGCACAAGAUUUUGGACAUAAUAUUAUGUUUGCUGACUGGGAACGGUUAUGGACCACAGGUAUGAAAUUUACGGCUUGUAAUGCUUUAAGAGAAAACAUAAUGAAAAUGAUUUAUAGGUGGUACUUAACCCCAGUCAAGCUAGCCAAAAUUUAUCAUACGCCCGACAAUAAGUGUUGGAAAUGUAAAGAAAAUGAAGGUACUUUCUUCCACCUUUGGUGGACGUGCCCAAAGAUCAAGGCCUUCUGGGAAAUGAUAUACAAUGAAUUAAAAAAGGUAUUGAAAUAUACUUUUCUAAAGAAACCAGAGGCCUUCCUCUUGGGUAUGGUCGGCCAAUUGGUGCGAAGGGAAGAUAGAACUUUUUUUAUGUAUGCGACAGCAGCAGCGAGAAUACUUAUUGGGAAAUACUGGAAGACACAAGAAUUGCCUACCCGAGAAGAAUGGCAGAUGAAAGUGAUGGACUAUAUGGAACUGGCUGAGAUGACCGGCAGAAUUCGAGACCAGGGAGAAGGGUCUAUGGAAGAAGACUGGAAAAAAUUUAAAUUAUAUCUUCAAAAAUAUUGCAACAUAAAAGAAUGUUAGAAAGAGGUUGGAAAAAGAUCAUUAGGUCGUUUAGGCUGAGAUGAUAUUAUGGACUAAGUAAAAAUGAAGUGUAGAAACUGAUGGGAUAGAGGAGUACUAAUUAUGCUAUUGAAUGUUAAAAUAAGUAAUGAAAAGAAGGUUAGAAGGAUUUGCUGGAAAUAUGAUUUAAACUAGAAUACAAAGCAGGGAGGUGAGAGGAGGUCACGGAAAUAAGUAAAAGGAAAAAAAGGCUGUAAAGGUUUAACUUGAUUUUUGUCUCAUUUUAUUGUAAUGUAUUUUUAUAUUUUUUGUUGCGUUUUUCUUAUUGUCUUUUUUUUGUUGUAUGUUUAUGAUUUUCUCUUGUUGUUUUUUUUUUUUGUAAUUUGAAAUUUGGAAUAAAUAUAUUAUAAAAAACAAAACAAAUGUCCGACGGGGCUUCCGCAGCUUCCGAAUGUUUUGGAAGUCAAACGGACUUCUGAGGUACCACUGUAUAUCUUCUCGGAGCAGGGGCAAUCCCAUUGCCGCCUUCAGUUCUGGUAAAGCUAAGAAUUGCUUGUGCAGAUCUUGAUGCCUUCAAGGCCGAGGCUGUCAUCUGAUGAGACCCAGUACUCCUAUCAGAGAAGCAAAUCCUCAAAUACAGUCAUUCCUCUUGUUCCGCUCGGUUCAAGUUAUGUCUUUUCAGGUUGCGUCCCGCAGCGACCCGGAAGUAACGUGUAAUGGUUCUAGGGGUUGCUCGUGCGUAAUUCGGCGCCACACCUGGCUGGGUUGCCUGAGUGAACCUUUUCUGUCUGGACAGCCACUCGCCCGUGGCUGUCUCAAUCGCUGGCAGAAUCCGUCAUUGGGCGUUUCUUGAACUUCUUCCAGCAAAGAAGUUCUUUGACGCCUAGUCUCCGCCUACUCUCACUGCGCGGAAGCCUUCUGCGCAGGGAGGGUGUGGGCAGCGGAGGACCCGUGCUCUCCCCACUGGUCCCCGGCGAGGAGUCAUGGAGCCACCUCGUCGAUUCCCCCAUCUGCCCCCCUUCUCCACUGGUGCUACGCUGAUUUCCUUCCCCAGAAGAUGUGCUGCUUCUCUCCCUCCCGGGACGCUCUCUGGAAUCCCUCUGGAGCCCUCCCUCUCCCCCUGGCUCCGAUGGCAGUUCCGUGACAUAACGGAACGGGUUACUUCCAGGUUUCACUGCUCGCGCAUGUGCAGACGCUCAGAAUGAUGUGCAGACGCUCAGAAUGUUUGUGCUAACAACACCGUAUCAUUGGCAUGUAGCAAAAUGGAUACAUUAUGGGAUAAAAAUGAAACAGGGAAAUAUCUGGCCAUUUGGGUUCCUUUAUUACAUCAUUUACAUAAAUGUUAAAAAGCAGAAUUUUAGAAAGUAUUUCAAAGUGUUUAAAAUGAUUUAGGAAUUACAAGGUUAACUUUUUUAAAAAGAUAUUAAAUAAGUUUUAAAAGCCUGUAUGUGUAACUGCUGAUGAUGUUGGGGGGUGGCAGCAGCUGUGGUUGUAAGACUCCCUUAAAACUGAUUUACAGUGCUGGCUCUUGGGGAUUGAAAGGGCACAUAAAAAGGCCUUGCCCCAAAUUAAAGAAAAACCAACAAACAACCCCAGUCAAACAAUUAAAAAAAACCAGCUUGUGGAGCUCAGAUGAACAAGUCCCACUUUGGUGCAACUUGACCGGAAUGACAUGCACAGAUGCUCCCUUCUUUUUCUCAGUGAUAGCAGCUCUUUUGGCUGAGGUGUGGCAAGGAGCUGAAACAGUAUUUAAGGAAGCUGAAGCAUUCCGUGUGAAGCUCCAGGAGCUUGAAGAGAAACUCCAGGCGUUGCCAGCAACACUCCAGGAGCCGCAAGCCAGAGGUAUUUUUGAGAAUCCUGUCUUCACAUGGCCCUCCCUCCCAAUGAUGUUGGGUUUCAAGUCCCAUCAUCCAUGAUGAGCACUGGCCAUGUUGGCUGGGGCUUAGGGAGUCCCACCACAGUCUGGAGCCCAGUUCAGUGCGCCUUUGUGGGCAGCUGGUAGCCAUGCCAGGGUCGCCUUCGCUGCGUGGAAGGGGUGGCCUCCCCCCCCACCCCCACCCCAUGCGCAGGAGACCAGAGGCCAGUAGCAGACUGCGCAUGUGCCUCUGAAGGGCACAAAGGUUUGCUGCCUCCUUGUGUGCCCAUGUUCUUGCCAAAAAGAAUAAAAAUACAGCAUAUGGUUGCACAUACCAGGCACCAAUGUUAAUGGUGGUUCUUUGGCUUUUCCUUCAGGUGAGGAACACGAGGAGGAGGAGCAGCAGCAGGAGGAGGAGAAGGAAAAAUAA